AUGGCUUCUCCUCAAAUUAUUGGUGAUCCUUAUUACACUAUACUCCCAUAUAAUCCUACUAGAGUUGAAAGUAUCAAUCCUAUAUUUGUAAUUCACUUAUUUGCAAAUUUCACUCGGCCUUCGGUAUCUACUAUGCAAGAUGAUCAAGAUCAAUACAAUGAAUCUACUCUUCUAUUCGACAACAAUGAAGAAGCUUCUACUACUUUUACAAAUGUUGUGGUGCUUUUACACGACAUGUUGAUGAAUAACUACACAGCUAAAGAUAUGUUAGAAAACUCGCUUGCAGGAGUUAACCUUCCUUCUUCCAUGUUUUUUUUAAGUGAUAAAAUUAUUGAUUAUGGUCGGAAGAUGUGGAGUGACGAACAUCGUGUUUUGAGUGUGAGAGUGGAUGUUGAUGUUUUUGUUGAUGAACUACCUGUUCAACAACAUAAUGACGAUGAAGGUGAUUAUGAAGAAGAAGAAGAAGAAGAUGAAGAUGAAUACAGUGAUGAAGUUUAUGAUAUGGACAUCAUUCCUAUUAAUUUCGUAGCAGCAAGUAAGCAAUCGAUUGAGAGAUUGAAGAAAGAUCACAUUAAGAAUGGUGAAGUAGUUUCAUGCUCGGUUUGUUUCGAGAGUAUUUUAGCUGGUUAUGAAGCUGUUAAGUUACCUUGCGGACACAAGUAUCAUGAAGAAUGUAUUGUUAAAUGGCUACAAACAAGCAAAUUUUGUCCUUUGUGUCGAUCUGAAAUAGCUUAG